AUGGAAAAGGAUGAUGAAAAGUUCUUUUAUGAAGAUGAAGUAGCCAUGGUGUCUCCAAAAUCUGGUCUAGUCAAAUAUGGAUUAGUUUUAACUACAAACAGAUCGCGAUCAGAAAAUGAGUUGAUGAAAAGCGUUUAUAAUAACUUUAAUGAAAUCAAAGUAAUUUGGCAUCCAAAUGGAGCUGAAGAAAUUAUCCCAGAUGAUAAGGUACCAACUUCCAGCAAUAGUUAAAAUAUAUAUUUUUAAAACUAAUAAAAGUAUAUUUGUUGUAAUUUUCACAGGUUGUGUUAAUGGAUCGAUCAUUGAUGCCUGGUGAUGUAGUACGAAAGGUCAGUGAAGGUAAACCUAGUCAGUUUGGAUACUGUGAAAAUAUUAAUAUUUACGCUACAGUUAAAAUACUGAAUACUAACAAAAUAAUAGAAAACAUCAGUUCUAGAAACUUUACUCACACAAAAGUAUGUAUUUAUUUAUUUUUUUACUUUAAAUUUACUUUUUUUUAAAGUUUUAUUAUAAUUUAAAAUUUUUGAUUUCAAACUUCAUAUUUGAUAAAACUUCAAACAUUUAUUUAUUUAUUUGUUGUAUACAAUUUAUUAUAAAUAAUUUUAAUAUUUAUUAACUAAAUCUAAUUAUUAUACAUGUUUAUAUUUAUAGUCAUUUGCCAUUGAUUCUUCAGUUUUUUAUGAAUCAUGGGUUGGCGGAGUUUAUGAUGUGAAAUGUAAAGUUACAUUUGCUUCGCAAGAUGGAUCUAUUUUUACAUUGGAGGAUCCAUAUAGACAAGAUUUUAUAAGUCUGUCUACAAGUGAUGUAAGCCGAUUUUUAUUUAAAGUAUUUUAAAAGGAAUAAAUCUGUAUAGUUUUAAAAUGUAUUUAUUAUUAUUUAAUAUUUUCUAUAUAACAUUGAUAGGUAUUAAAACUAAUAAUUUUAUUUUCUCAUAGAGUUUUUCCAUUGAUGACAAUGUAUUUUAUCCUGGGCAAAAAUUAAAAAUGUGUCUUGAUUCUUUCGAAAAUGCAAAAUUUAUUAGAAUUAGUAACUUGAUGAGUUGUUUGUGGCACAAUUAUAAAAAAAAGUAUAACUAUAAAUUUGUUUCCAAGGUAAUAUUAUUAUUUAAAAUAAAAGUAUAAGAUCAUAAAUAUUUAUUUAAUAUUGAAUUUUAAGUGGGUCAAAGUUUAUGUACAAGAUAUUGCUGUAUCAUCUGUUGAAGUUGAGUGGUACUGUCAAACAACAAGUAAAAUAAAGGGACGGGAAGAAAAUUGGCCAGAAAGAAUAAUUACUGGAGAUAAUUUGAAAAAGUAAAUAUUAAAUACUAUUGAAUUAUUGUAGGUAUAUUGUGUUAAUGUAUGAAAUAUAUAUUUAUAUGUUAUUAUAUUCCAAAGAGCUGGGAGAUUAGAAAAUAAUAAAUUCUACAUACAGGUGAUUUUUUUUAUCAUAAACCAGCAAUUUUCUUAGAGGAUUUUGAGUGAAUUUGAUAACUGUUUUUUUUUUAAUAAUUAUGGAAUUAGUUUUAUUUUAAAACCAUUUUUAAUUUUUUAACCCCUAUUUCAUAUACCUUAAAUAAGUGUAUACUUUUGUUUUUCAAAUAAAAACUCUUCAAACACUGAUUUGAAUAGAGAAUAUUUUUCUAAAAAUGUAUAUAUGCAUAAAACUAUAUCAGAUUUACUAUUUAUGAGUUAUAACCAUUUAAAAUUUAGAUUAGAGGACUAGGGUAGAGUGUAAUCAUGCAAUUUAUUUCCCUUUUUUUACUCCAUAAUAAUUAAAAAAAGAAAACAGAAAUAAAAUUUACUUAAAAUUCUUCGAGAAAAAUGCUGGUUCAUGAUGAAAAAAUCACCUCGUAUGUAUACAAAUAUUGUAUACUUUAUAUAGAUUCUCAAAUUAGUUCAAAAUAGUUCCCAAAUUAUAUAUUCCAGCAAUUUUUUUGAAAAAAAAGUUUUACACUUCUUGUAAUGAUUUAAAUUUUGGUGAUCCUGAUGUUUUCUUUCCCUAGAUCAUAACUUCUAGAAUGCAAUUAUUCUGGUUUUUUUUUUUUUCAUUGUUAAUUCAAUUAUUUUCUAUCAAUAAUUGUUAAUCUUUUCUAUUAAACCAUGUUUUCCUCUAAUAAUAUCUAACACUUCUACAUUAGGUUUUAUUUCUAUCCAGUGCAUUCUUUAUAUUUGUCUGUCUUUAAUACCACUUUUUCAUAGCUUCCAAUUUAUUUUUUUUCUUCACCUGUAUAACAUUUGUUUUGCAUCCAUAGACACAAUGGUCCAGGCGUAAGUUUUUAUUCACUAUUAUAUUUAUUUUCUUCUUGGAGUAAUUUCAUUUUGUUACUUAGAGUUUGAGAUUAAGAAGACCCCAAAAAUCAGAAUUAAUAAUUCUAAACUACAAUUAAACACAUUUUGUCUGAAUAAUUGAGUUUAGAUUCUAAGUGGAGAGAUUCCAAAUGUAUUGGUUUUACUAUGGUGUAUGCUAAAUAUUAUUUUUUGUUAAACAAUUUUUCUAUCAACAAUUUAGUUUCAAUAAAAAAAUGACAAGUUACCUUUGUUAUUGUAUUUUGGAUUUAGUAGAUCCAAUGUGAAGUAAUUUUUUGACUUUUGGCAGUUUGAAAAAUAAUUUAGGAAAAAACAGCAAAGCUGAUAAAUAUAACAGUUUCAUUAUUAAAAUUUUUUUUUUGUUGCAAUUUAAUUAAAAGUGAUCAUAAAAACUUGACAUUUUUCAAAAUACUUAUAUUUUAAUUUUUCAGAUAUUUAUAGACAUUCAAAAUUUCCUUGUUUUUAGUUUUUAUUGAGUUAUCUUUUGAUUAUUAAGUUUAUUAACUGUGGUCGAAAAGUUGGUGUAGUUUUUUUUUUUGUUGAUAAAAAUCUUUAAAAAUGUUGACAUUACAAAACAUAUAAUGUAAAUAAAAUAUAUUUAUUUAUAUAUUUUACUUUCCCAACUUUUCCAUUUCUCCUUUUUUCUGUAAAGUUAUUAUUUGCAAUCACAUUCAGUUUAUGCAACAUUAAAAUUAAUAAUAUUCUAAUUCAAAGAAGCCGAUAGACUAUUAUCACAGAAUGUAGUUUAAGAAACACUUAUAUAAGCAAUUGGUAAAAUAGGUAAUUAAUGUAGAGGAUUUAUUUUUUUAAUAGCUCAUGUAAUGCAUAAUUUGCUGUUGACACAUUGUGUAAAAAGUUCUGUUUAAUACUUUUAAAUUACAAUACAAAGAUGUGCAUUUAAUAUUUGUAUCACUUAAAUUAGUUUACUAAUAAUAUACUAAAUACUAAGGUUAAUUAGAGAUUCAAUAGUAAAUCCCAAAGUCACCUUUUAAAAAAAUUGUUAAAAAUAAUACAUAUUAUCAUAUUUGGUAUUGUAAAAUGACAAAUUAUUUAAAUACAUAUUUUUUUAGUUUUCGUAUUUACUAAAAAAAACAUCUAUUUUGAAAUAUAUUUUAUGUCUAUAAAUAAAUACAAUCAUUAUAUACUAUAGUCUAUUAUAUAUAACUUUUAUUAUUAAUAUACAAUUAUUAUAAGUAUGUAAAAUAAUACAGUAAAACCUCCUUGUAACAGAAUCACUGCUUGGUACAAUUGAUGUUUCUAUUAUAAAAGAGUUUGUUUCCGUUAUAGGGAGAUUAAAAUAUACAUAUUAUAAGUUAUGCAAAACUGUUGUUGUUUUCCGUUUAAGAAGGUUUUACUGUACAUUAUUGUAAUAAAAUAAUGUAUAUAUAUAUGUUAAAUUUAUUUUAUUUUAUUUUUUUAAAAAAUUAUUAUAUUUUCAGAUUAAAAACCAUUGAUUUAUUUGAGUCUUGUUCAAUUCAAGUGGGUGACACUCAUUGGUAUACAAUUAAAGAUACUGAUAAUUUGAUAACAAUGAAACAGUGGCGUAACAAAUGUACUGAAACUUUUAAUACUGCACCUGAUUUAAUGCCUAGUUUAAUUAAAAAAGAAACAAACUACAACAAACUUCUAGGUAUCAAAUUCUAUUAUAUAUUUAAAAGUUAAAUAUAGUAUUGAUAAUUUUGAUAUUUAUCAAUAUCUUUGUCUAAUAAUUUUCUAUUAAUAAAUCAUGUUUUUUGGCAAAUUGACUGUUGAAAAUUCAGUUUAAUUAUGUGAAAAAGGUACUUAUAUAUAUAUAAUUUAUUAGUUAAUUGGAAAAUUCUACCAAAAAUUUGUCUUCGUUUCCAAGUGUAGGACAUUUUCCGAAAGUCAAUUUUCUUGGGGUGAUAUAUUUAAGAUGUUACUUUUUGAUUUUCUAAGUAUUCAAUAUAAUUAGGAAAACUCGGGAAAAUGUACAACAAUAAUGCUUUCAUUAUUUUCUUGUUGUAAUUCAGUUUAAAAUGAGAUAGAAAUAGAUAUUUGAAAUUUGGACAGAAACCUUAUAUUUGCCUUUUAUAGAAGCGGUAAAAUUUUCAAAAUAUUCAAUUCUCUUUUAAGCUAUUUAGAAAUUUAAAUUUUUCAAGUUUUUUUACGUAAUAUUUAUUUGGUAGGUACUCUAUGGAUACAAUUGUUGGACCAAACAGAAUUGCUUGAAAAUUGAUCAAGAAGUUUAUUAUAAGUUUUACUUUGUGGUAAACCAAGAAAAAGUUUUCUAAUGAAGUAUUUUUUUUUUCAUGCAAAUUUUUAAUAACAAAUUUUGAUGAAAAUCUUAUAUAUUACAGCAUUUUAAAAUAUUUUUAACCAAACUUCGCUCAGAAUUGUUGUAUGUAAACAAUGGUUGAUCGUAUACAAUAAAAAAUUAAUUUGCCUCUACAUGCUUCCCAACUUUUCACUUAUUGCAGUAGCUCUCUCAUCAAACAAUUUAUGUCCAUCUUUAAACUUGUUCUUGUCAUUUUCAAAGUAUAAUUUAUUAAUUAAAAUUUAAAAAUAAAAAUUGAUUAUUUUAUUCUUUAAAAUAAGAUAAUUUAUUUCUUUGAAUUCCAUUGUAUUAUUUAUAUUAACUGAAUUAUCCUUUUGUUAUUUUGUUAAAAUUUUACUUUACAUUGUUUGUAUAGUUUGUGAUAUAUCAUAAAAUGUUUAAUCACUUAUUUACAGGUACACUAAAUGUGUCAAAUGAAAAUAUUUCAUCUAUAAAAAUAAGACAAAUUGAAAAACCAUCAAAUAAAGAUAAAUGUAUGUUACAGUCAAAGAAAUCUGAACCUAAACCUUCUACAAGCACAAUAAGUAUAAUUAACAUCUAAUGUUUAAAUGUUUUUUUUUUUAAUUUUAAGUUAUAAAUAAAUAGGCAAAUUAUUUUUAGGUACAAGUUCCAUACAUACACUGAAAUCUAAUAGACUAAAAAGAAAUCGAAUGUGGAAAUUAUUGGUUAAGAAAAAUAAACAAUUCAAUGUACCUAAAGUUUCUACAAAACCAAAUUCUAAAGUUGUUGUUGAGAUUUGUUACACUCAAUCUAUGAUUGAUGUUAUAUGGCAGGUAUGUAUUUUAUAUUUUGAAAAACGUUUCUAUAAUUUAUUCCAUAAUUCAUAAGACUAUACGAUUUAUGAUUAUUCAUAUUAUUUGAUGGCUGGUAAAAAAUAAAUAUCAUUAAUUGGUAUUUUAUAUUUUUUUAAACUGUUAAGGAUUGUUUUCUGGGAAAUCUAGUCAUGCUCAGUGAGCCAUAGCUAUGAAAUUAGUAAUUUGUUAUCAUGUGUGUUGAUUUAUUUUUAUACACAAAUUUCAUAAGGUAAUUUUCUUAGGACCCUAAGCCUUGCCUAUAAGAUUCUGGCGUAUUGUAUACUCGAUAGGAUAAAACCUUUAUCAGAAGGUGUUCUGGGACAAUACCAGGGGGGUUUUAGACCUAACAGAACUACAACAGAUCAGAUUUUCUGUAUUCGCCAAAUUGCACAAAAUUCAUGGGAAUAUAACAAGGAAUUAUACAUUCUAUUUAUCGAUUUUGAGAAAGCAUAUGAUUCCAUCCAUAGAUCUACCUUAAUCAACAUAUUAAAAGAAUUUAACUUCCCAAUAAAACUAGUAAACUUGAUUAAGGCUAGUCUUGAAAACACUUUGAUAAAAAUUAAAAUUGCGAAUGCAGUAUCAGAAACAGUUAGAGUAUCUACAAGCUUAACACAAGGAAACGCUCUUUCUCCUGUCCUCUUUAAUCUAGUGCUUGAAAAAAUUGUCAGAGGACUAAAUACUAUUGACGGGGUUGCGAUGGGUAACACGACAAUAGAUUUGCUAGCAUAUGCUGAUGGCUUAGCCUUUUUGGGAAAUAAUUUAGAUACUGUAAAACAGAAUUGUAGAAAACUAAUAAAUGUAGCAGGCAAACGUGGUCUAAAGAUCAAUGACAAAAAAACGAAGAAUGUCAUAAUUGGAAGAAGAAGUAGAAAAUACCAACAAGGAGAGUUUAUGGAAAUAGAUAACCAUAAAUUUAAGAGAGC